UUGUCAAAAACACGCUACACUUUCGGUUUUGCAAAGCCCAAACUUAUUCUUGUUUUAUUUGCUGUGACUCCUUGCAUUCUGACAUUAUCAGUGCAACAUCCAAUAGAUUUUCUUGUUUCCAGUGUAGAGUUCACAAUUCUCGCAGCCGAACGUAGCGCUGUAAAUCUUGGGCAGGGUUUUCUGGACGGGCCUGUGCCCAUGUUCGUGUCUGAUAUACUGAGAGAGGUUGCUGCACAUCCAGAGAAGAAAGGAUGGCAUCAGUACACCCGAGUUAAGUUUCCCUUUGGGCAUCCUCAUCUUGUUAACGUCCUUGCGAAGUUAUAUAGUGGUUUUAUUCAAGGCAGAUCAUUGCGGACGGUUGUUGUUACUGUCGGCGCUUGUUUAGCGUUGUACUAUUCAUUCAUUGGAUUCGUUAACCAUGGAGAUGAGGUUUUGAUAAUCGAUCCGGCUUAUGAUAGUUAUGCUCCUCAAGUUCUUAUGGCCGGAGGCGUUCCAGUCCACUGCGCUAUGACUGUGUUGGAGCAAGCGAAGACAAGUAACGAUUUCCGUCUUGACAUCGCGCAGCUGCGUGCAAAGUGCAACGGGAAAACAAAAAUGAUGGUCUUAAACAACCCCAACAAUCCAACGGGAAAGCUUUUCACGCGGGACGAAUUAGAAAAUAUUGCUCAAUUGGCUCGUGAUUUUAACUUAAUUGUUGUGGCUGACGAGGUAUACGAGUGGCAUGUGUGGGGCAAACAGAUGAUUCGCUUCGCUAGCCUUCCUGGGAUGUAUGAUAGAACGAUCUCUAUUGGAAGUGCCGGCAAAGCGUUUUCGGUGACCGGUUGGAAGUUGGGUUGGUGCAUUGCACCGAAGCAUCUCAUGACUCCUAUUAGGAUGAUGCACCAGAAUUGUGUCUUCACAUGCAGCACACCAACACAGGAGGCUAUUGCAACUGCUUUUGAGAAGGAGCUUGAUUUAUUCACUAAAAGUCCAAGUCAAUCGUAUCUUCUCACUGGUCUUCCGAAUGAAUUGCGAACAAAGUGUGAACAAAUGUAUAAGAUGUUACACGAGGGAGGCUUUGACCCAAUCAUGCCUGACGCAGGCUACUUUAUGAUCGCUCGCUUCGGAAAAUUAGAUGGACCAUUCAAAGUUCCUGAUGCUUCAAAUGAUCCUCUCGACUACCGUUUUGUUAGAUGGUUGUGUAGAGAAAAGGUAUACGUGGUGUUUUAA